AUGAAUCUUCAUGAUGAAAUUCUUGAGCCUGGAGAAUUGCUGGAGGAAGGCUGGUUCUUUGGCAAUUUGCUUGACGGGAAAAAGAAUAUGUUAAGAAGUUAUUCUGAUCCUUGUACAUCCUCAAACACCAGCCAUGAGAUUUUGUCUGAAAAAUCAUAUGAAGAAACCUACGAAUCGAUCAAGAAACUGUCUGUGGGGAUGGAAUUUGAUCGGCCUAAUCUGAUCAGGACGCCGUCAAUGCCUCGAACGAAGAAAUCGAAUAAGGGACGAGGAAAAUGUGUCGAUUUGCUUCGCGCGCCGUCUUUGCCAACUUGUUUGGGAGAAGAUGAAUUUCAAGAUGAAGAGAGUGAGUUUUCUAUGGGAAAGUUGAUUAGGCAAGCUUCUUUAAACCUUUCAGAUAGACGGACUCCUCCAAAGGAUAUGACACAAAGAUACAGCAUACCAAGGCAAUCCCUUCAAAGAAAGCCAGAUAUGGAAACCAUUAACAUGGAGGGCUAUUCAACGACGAAACCGAAAUAUCUAAUCGAUAAGAAAAUAAAGAUGCAAAAGAGCCUCAGUGAUCUCAAGAUUGACGAUAUACGAGGUUUUAAAGAUUCAAGUUUAAGUUACAACAGAAGAGACUCGACUAUGAAUGCUAUUAGCACACUUGAAGAAUACAAAGAGAAGAACACAAGGAGGACUCCGUAUUUUUCUGAGGCGUGGAGAGGGCAAAGCUCUGCCCCUCCAAUUCCAAAAUGGGUCGGGAAGAGAUCGAACGAAGACAUGAAAGCGCAGAUCAAAUUUUGGGCUAGGGCUGUGGCGUCUAACGUGCGACAAGAGUGUUGA